AUGCGGUUGCUUCAGCAGGAUUACGAUUAUAAGCAGAGAGAAAAUACUGCAAACAGGGAAGCAAUGAAAAAACACAGGGCUUCUGAUGAAGGCUACAAAGUAAGAGAAAGGAUUGCAGAUGCUGAAGCUAAGCAGCAACUACGAGCGGCGGACCUGGAAUACAAGGGAAAAGAAAGGAUUGCAAAUGCUAAAGCAGUGCGACAGCGCCGAAAGGCGAACGUGAAAUACCAAGAAAUGGAAAGACUUGCAGAUGCUGAAGCAAUGCGAGAACGUCGACAGUCGGACAUUGAAUACCAAAAAAUGGAAAGAAUUGCAAAUGGGAGAAAGCCACAUGCCUCAUUUGUGAUGAAGCAGAAGGACACUGAGUACCAAAUAAUAGAAAGGAUUGCAAACAUCGAAACAGUGCGACAGCGUCGACAAACGGACAUUGAAUACCAUGAAAUGGAAAGGAUUGCAAAUGCCGAAGCAAUGCGACAACGUCGACAGAUGGACUAUCGAGAAUUGGAAAGGCUUUCAGACGACGAGGCAAAGCAACAACGACGGGUCGCACACCCUGAAUUCCGAGAAAAAGAGAGAGUUCAAGCAAUGCGACAACGCUGGGAAACGAAUCUGGAGUACAGAGAAAAUGAAAGGGAAACUUACUCAGAAUCGAUGAGGGUGCGCAGGGAAGAGAAUUUCGAAUACAGACAACGAGAAAGAGAAGCUAACAAUGAAGCAAUGCGGAUUCGCAAAUCUGCUGAUGAAACGGGGAGGGAGUGUCAUGGGAAUGCCUUGAGAAUGCAGCAUCGACGAAGUAGCGAGGAGAUACGUGAGUAG